UUCUGUAUUUUUCUUGUCUCGUUGUAAGAUUAAUUUACUUCAGAAUGGAUAGACUAAAAUUAUUUUCCGUGCAGAUUGGAAAUGUAACUGUCCCAGGCUAAUGGAUAGGACAAUGCGUUACCGACAGUAAAAUAAAAGCCACAUUGCUUUAGCUGGAAAUAACAUUUAAAAUUGCUCUUAUAUACUGGUUAAAAAAAAAAGUUUUUCUUAUCAGGAAAACAAUAAAAAAAAUGAUUGAUUUAGUUUGGUAAAGCCAGAUGUCUAUCAACAGUUCAACAAGUAAUACUCUUACUUUUAAACAUUUCAGCUGAAUUGCAAAGGCAGUAUCAUUCAGUCCCUGUUUAUGGUCAUUUGUGCUCAAUAGCAUUUUCACUGGUAGAAAAGAGAUGAGCAUGGGCUUUUCCUAUUGGAACAGUGUUUUCUGUUUAAGGAGAUACAGCACAUUUAAUUACGAGUAUUUAUUCAUAGAUUUAUAAAAAGAGGGUAAAGAAUGCUAUGCAGUCUGCACAGACCUUGCUCUUUCAUUCAAGCACUCUCUGUGUUAUGUUAAGAGAGUCGUGUUUCUAAUAAAUAGCCUUUCAGCAGGAAUGUAAUUGUUUUGCAGAGCUGAGAGCAAAAAAAAAAACAAAAAAAAAAAAACAAAAAGUUGGCAAAAGAAUACUUUUGAAUUGGAUAUUGAAACUCCAAAUCAGGAUCUAGUAUUAAGGCCGGGGUCUGAAAUCUGAUUCUUUACUCUUCGUGACUGCUGUAGCUUUUUCCAUUUUUAGUGUAUUGUUAUUAAUUUUCUCUUAAAAAAAAAAACAAAAAAAAAAACAGAAGGCAUUUGUAAAUCGAAGGAGUUCACCUAUUCAACAGUGCAUUUCUUAGGCUGAUGAAGCGAAUAGAAGUUUGCUUUGGAUGAUGUCUGGUGGGCUUUAAGAUCGCGUUAGAAACAUGAUUGCUGUUAGCACUGUGGAGGAGGACUCAUGUUACUCAGAAGGGGCCCACUUCGAAUAGCAGACUGUGUGAAUUUCUGUUGUGCCGGCUAAUUCUACUGCUUUUUUUUUUAUCUUGCUAAUUUCACGGUGAUGAAUGCGUGCAGAGGUUAAGAUUUUCAACAGAAUGGACUGUCUUUGUAUUGUCACAACCAAGAACAGGUCGGCUACAGUGCAAGCUUCACCACACACUGCCCAGCCAACAUGCCUCAAUCCAGCCCUGAUGAAUACUCCCUGGAAUUACCAGUACCAGGACGAAGAUUCACUAGCACUAGAUCACGGCUACCCUCAGUUAACCAACGAAGUGCGGCCCCCAGAGCUGGUCCAUGUGUCUGAGAAGAACUUGUCUGAGAUUGAAAACGUCCACGGAUAUGUUUCUCAUUCACAUAUUUCUCCACUAAAGCCUCCACUGAUUACCCGUUUUGAUCUAACAUACCCAGGUCUGACUGCUUCAAACUACCUGGCAAGCCCUCCUCCUAUAAUUGUCAACACAGAGACGCUGGACACUGUGCCGUAUGUAAAUGGAACAGAAAUUGAAUAUGAAUUUGAAGAAAUCAUGCUGGAAAGGGGUAACUCAGGGCUGGGAUUUAGUAUUGCUGGAGGCAUAGACAACCCUCACAUCGGAGAUGAUCCUGGCAUAUUUAUUACAAAAAUCAUACCCGGUGGAGCUGCUGCAGAAGACGGGCGACUGAGAGUCAAUGACUGCAUCCUGCGGGUGAACGAUGCUGACGUUUCUGAAGUCUCUCACAGUAAAGCCGUGGAAGCCCUUAAAGUGGCGGGCUCAAUCGUACAUCUAUACGUGCGCAGGAGAAGACCCAUGCUAGAGACAGUCAUUGAAAUCAAACUCAUUAAAGGACCAAAAGGGCUGGGGUUUAGUAUCGCAGGAGGAGUGGGGAACCAACACAUCCCUGGAGACAACAGUAUUUACGUGACCAAAAUCAUAGACGGUGGGGCAGCACAGAAAGACGGGAGGUUACAAGUUGGAGACAGGCUACUUAUGGUUAACAACUACAGUUUAGAAGAAGUGAGCCAUGAGGAAGCUGUAGCGAUACUGAAAAACACAUCAGAUGUCGUCUAUCUGAAAGUAGGAAAGCCUACCAACGUUUACUUAACAGACCCUUACGGACCACCAGAUCUCACACAUUCUUUCUCUCCAACAAUGGAAAAUCAUAUCUCUUCGCCCGGCAACAAUGGCAGUCUGGAGUACAAUGCCACGCUUCCUCCCAUUUCACCAGGGAGAUACUCCCCCAUUCCAAAACACAUGCUCGGAGAAGAGGAUAUUAACAGGUUGGAUGGUUUUUCGUUCUUACGAAAUGCCUCAUUAGAUGAAGCUGACAGUCACAAGUUUGAUUCCCAGCACUUCCAGUUGAGGCCUCCUGAGCCCGUUUACAGCACUGUGAACAAACUGUGUGACAAACCACCUUCUCCCCGACACUAUUCCCCUGCUGAAUCUGAUAAAAGCCUCCUCCACUCCAUUCCUUUCCCUCACUAUCACAUAGGCCUGCUCCCUGACUCUGAGAUAACCAGGGAGCCUCGGAAGAUCGUCCUGCACAAGGGUUCCACGGGACUGGGCUUCAACAUCGUCGGGGGCGAGGAUGGAGAGGGGAUCUUUGUGUCCUUCAUCCUGGCGGGAGGACCGGCAGACCUCAGCGGGGAGCUACGGCGAGGGGACCAGAUCCUGUCUGUCAAUGGCAUAGAUCUGCGAGGUGCUACUCAUGAGCAGGCAGCGGCCGCGUUGAAGGGAGCUGGGCAGACGGUAACCAUCAUUGCACAGUACAGACCAGAAGAAUACGGUCGAUUUGAAGCAAAAAUCCAUGAUUUGCGGGAGCAGAUGAUGAACCACAGCAUGAGCUCCGGAUCAGGCUCCCUGCGAACCAGUCAGAAACGCUCUCUCUACGUUAGAGCACUGUUUGACUAUGACAAAGUGAAGGACAGUGGUCUCCCAAGCCAAGGCCUCAGCUUCAAGUAUGGAGAUAUUCUCCAUGUCAUCAACGCCUCCGAUGAUGAGUGGUGGCAAGCGAGGAGAGUCACGCCAGAGGGAGACAGCGACGAAAUGGGAGUCAUACCCAGCAAAAGACGAGUGGAAAGGAAAGAAAGAGCACGCCUGAAGACUGUGAAGUUCAAUGCCAAGCCAGGUGUGAUUGACUCCAAAGGGUCAUUCAAUGACAAGGGUAAAAAGAACUUCAUCUUUUCACGAAAAUUCCCAUUCUACAAGAACAAGGAGCAGAGUGAACAGGAAACCAGUGACCCCGAACCUGGAAUCAAGGGACUGACAGAAUGGGUAUGCAGGACUCCAGAGGACUUGAUUCUCUCCUAUGAACCUGUCACCCGGCAAGAAAUUAACUACACCAGACCUGUUAUCAUCUUGGGACCAAUGAAAGACAGGAUCAAUGAUGAUCUGAUAUCUGAAUUCCCUGACAAGUUUGGAUCGUGUGUCCCACACACCACAAGACCAAAGCGUGACUACGAAGUGGACGGAAGGGACUACCACUUUGUCAUCUCAAGAGAACAAAUGGAAAAAGACAUCCAAGAGCACAAGUUUAUUGAAGCUGGGCAGUAUAAUGACAAUCUCUACGGAACCAGCGUCCAGUCUGUGAAAUACGUUGCAGAACGGGGCAAGCACUGUAUACUUGACGUAUCAGGAAAUGCUAUUAAAAGAUUACAAGUUGCACAGCUUUACCCAAUUGCCAUCUUUAUUAAGCCCAGAUCUGUUGAGUCUUUAAUGGAAAUGAAUAAAAGACUGACGGAGGAGCAGGCAAAGAAGACAUAUGACAGAGCCAUCAAGCUAGAACAAGAGUUUGGCGAGUUCUUCACAGCUCUUGUUCAAGGAGACACCUUAGAAGACAUUUAUAACCACUGCAAAUUAGUCAUAGAGGAGCAAUCAGGACCUUACAUCUGGAUUCCCUCAAAGGAAAAAUUAUAAAACCUCCCCAGGAUCUGGGACUGCAAACAUAGGAAUAAUUUGUAAUAUAUUAUUAUUAUUAUUAUUAUUAUUAUUAUUAUUAUUAUUAUUAUUAUUUGACUUUUUGUUAUGGUUGCAUUUUUUUUUUUUUUCGUUUUUCACUUUCAAUAUGAAUGUACACCACAAAGUGUUUGAGGCUUUCUGACCUCAAAAAAAAAAAGGAUAAGGUUAUUUUUUUUUUUUGUUAAAACAACAGGAAUCGAUGUUGGACACAGAUCCGUAAAAAAACAAACAAAACAAAAAAAAACGACAUCCACACAACAAUCUGUUAUAAACAUAUGGAGGUAACGAAUAUAGAUAUCAGCUCCUGUCUCUAUCCAAACAUGUUCUAGCACUCAAGUGCCCUGAAGGUACCCAUUGCACAUUUGUGGUAAACACAGUUAUUUUUUGUAUCUAUGCACACACGGACUCGAGUGUGUUUUUGUUUUGUUUGUUUAUUUUAUUAUGUAGGAGUCUACAUCACCUUAAAUCGUUUAUUUGUGUCUUCUGUGGGCUCUUAAUGAAAUAUGUGUAAUACAUAAUAUAAAGAAAAAAAACGCUUUAACUAGUGGAAAUAAAAAAGGGAUUUAACUGUGUAUGGGAAUUUUGACACUAGAUAUUUUGAAAUUUGUAUUAAUAGAGGACACUACAGCACAGAUUAAAAAAAUAAUAUUUAUAAGAAAAUAUAUAACUUUGUAAAAAGCAAAUUUUAUUGGUGGAAAAUAAGUGUUUUGCGGUACAUUUAGUACUGGCUGUUGGGAUUGUUUAAAGAAAAACAAAGGGCAAACUGAUGUAUCUUAGGACAACAACUGCCACCUUAAAAAAAAAAAAAACACAUGAUGAUAUUGCUUUAUUUUUUUGUUUUGCUACUUUACCUGACUGAAGACUUGGCCUUUUUGUGAGUUAUACCUGGUGUUUGUUGGGUUGCCCCCUUCUGAAGUGAACAGAACCGGGUAUGUACAGCUGAAACACUGAGGGGUCUACUGAAUUCUAUAUUACUGGAAUCCUGCUUGUGUUCCCCCCAGAGAUGAUAUAUUGACACGCCCCCUUAAUGACAUCACUGAAUACAAUGAGAAAAUGUUCUGUGAUACAGCAGGUUUACAGGUUUUAUGGUGGCAGGAUUACCAUCUUCUGUUGUUUAAAUCAUUAAGCCCCCCUAGGACAGUCCUAUCUUGUUGUUUCCUAAUGCGCCUCAUUGUAAGCGAAGGGGGAAAAAAUGGAAAUCAGCAGUAUAGAAAGUAUAUUACACUGAUUCCCAUAAAAACAAGAUUUAAAAGUUAUGUCACUUAUAUAUUCAAGUUGGAAAUACUGUUAGAUUUGUAUCUUUUUUAAAAAUCUUGACCAAAUGCUUAGCCUUGUAAUUAUGUAAUAAAUGCAUCAUAUCGUUCUUCAUUUUUUAAAAUUAUUAUUAUUAUUAUUAUUAUUAUUAUUAUUAUUAUUAUUAUUAUUAUUAUUAUUAUUAUUAUUAUUUCACAAGUUAAAUUUAAAGCAGCAUUUUUUUAUUUAUUGAUUUGUUUUGUUAGGGAUGUGCAUGGAAUGUAAUAGGUAGUAUUUAUUGAAAUUAAAAUGUCUUGAAUUUACUUUGAUUUCCUUCAAGAUUUUUGCACAGCACAUAGUGCCACCUGAUGGACAAUUGCUAGUAUUGCAGCAGAUCGUGCAUAUAAGAACACAAGGGCAUUUAUGAACGAGAGGAAGCCAUGUGGUCCAUCAAUGCUCAGCCAGCUCCUAGUAGCUGAUAUUCCUGCAUACCCCUAAUAUUUAUAACAAUCUGCUGAGAUGCAUCAUCUUUGCUUUAGAGCGAGGUCCGCUCUGCAACAGCUAUAUGCUAUAGGUAUAAACUGGAGCAAACAGCUGCAGGUACAUGAAAACAUCUAUCUUUAAAAUCUUCCAGUCUGUUCUGCAAACAUCCAGCUGAUUUCACUAGUUUAUGUUUAUUCCUUUUGUAAUGCCAUCAUGUUAAUAUAGCAAAAAAUAGCAGCACUAGAUACAGGACUUGGGGGAAAAAAAGGAGAUGUAUUUUGCUAUACAGUAGAAUGUGGAUUUAUUAAACACAAGAUCUGAAAUUAAAUUUGUGACAUGCUCUUUAAAUUUCCAUAUUUCCUAGAAUAUAUAUUUAAAGGUUUUAUGAAGAUAAAAUUCGUACUGCUUUUUACUCAGGGUUGAUGGACGACAUGGGCUGGGUUGUGUAUAAGCUACAGUAAACCACGCCCUAGCGUUUGUCAAGGGUUUUCUUGUUGCCUGUGACUGAAGCUCUUAAUAAUUAUCCAUGUAAAAAAAUAAAUAAAUACAAUACAGUAUGUGCACUGCCAUGUCAACCCAUUGCUUAUCUGCUUAGCAAAUGCAUCUUCUCAUGUUACCCUCUAGUUUUAGGCAUGCAACCUAUCCUUUAUUACUGUUACAUGCUGUGUUUUUUCCAGUUCAAAGAGAUAUUCUGUGGCUAAGUACAAUCAAAACAUGACAUAGGAAUAGGUUGUUUGUGGUAUUAAUAUUAUAUUAUUUAUUAUUUUUAUUUACCUUGAUGUAUUGUCAUUUUCCCUUUUAGAGCCACCUUUGCACUUAUUUAAAAUAUAUAUAUAUAUAUAUAUAUAUAUAUAUAUAUAUAUAUAUAUAUAUAUAUAUAUAUAAUGUGUUUUUACUCUCAGAUUUUUUUUUAUUUCAUUUUUUUUUUUUUUUUUAAUUGCAGUUCAUAGUAUUACACUCUGUACAUACUACUCUUUAGCAUAACAUGUUUCAUUUCAGAUCCCCAAUACAGGUUAAAAACUGGACACAGACACAACACUCAAAUACUAAGAGACCCUUUGGUUGUAGAUAUAUAAUAAUUCCAUUCAUUCCAUUGGUGUAAGGAAUAAAGCACAGUCAAUAUAAACUGAAAUGUAUAUGUAUCAAAAAUAGUGUGUCUAUUAUUUAAGUAUGAUUGUUUUUUGUUUGUUUGUUUGUUUUCUGUUUGUGUGUGUGUGUAUAUAUAUAUAUAUAUAUAUAUAUAUAUAUAUAUAUAUAUAUAUAUAUAUAUAUAUAUAUAUAUACAUGUGAAAGAAUAUCCUUUGCAUACUGUUAUGUACUAUUGGUUGCUUUGGACAUCACCUUAAAUACUUUGCUCGAGGUAUAAAUGAAGGUAUUAUACUCUACUAAGCAUCCAUCUAAAUUGUAAAUUAAAGGUUUGGUGAGACUUUUAAAAAAAUAAAUAAUGUCUUCAUGUUUUUUUGUUUUUUUUUUGCUUGCUUGCUGUGUUCUAAAGUGAAGUUACUUUUUUUUUCUACAGUUGAUAGAUGAGGGCUCCACCUCUCCUUUGUGCCACAGUUAAUUAACAUAUCAUUUAAAUAUACUUUAUCUUCACAUAAGUAGUUAAUUUGCACAUAGCAACAGCCCGAUUACAAAUCAGCUUUAAAAGUCUGAUGUUUAAGAUUAACAUAGACAUAUCUUUAUAUUAAUUUGUAUUAUAUUUUUUAUCUGAUGUUGUAAAUCAGAUAUGCUUGCUUGGGGAUGUGGCCAGUGUUUUAAUAAAUGUAUUUAUAUACUUAUAGCAACAAUACUAAUUGCAAUUACGGCAGCCGUUAGAAAACUACAUUCAAUCAUUUCUUCAGUUUGAAAUAAUUCUGCCAGUUCCCUUUCGGUACUCUGUGUGCUUUUCAGAUAAAUGAGAAUGCAAAUGAACCUUUUCUACCAUUAGGCCUUAUGAGUAAUUUUACACCCCAUUUGCUACCUUUUCCUCUCCAGAUACAGCUUCCAAAAUAGACAAUUCAUCUCUGGAUUAAAGCUCUGGUAGUAAGGUUCCCUCAGCCCCAGAGGACAGCUCGGCACCCUGCAAUAA